AUGGAACCUAUUCGAGAGAUGUCGGUGAUGGGAUCGAUGGAUGUUAUCGCUGCUCGGAGACGCGUUGCUUCUGCCUAUGACGUGCAGCCCGACGUGUGGGUAGAAGAAGGAAUAGAGAGGACGUGGUCAGGAGAGAGCAUAACGGGAACGGGAGAAGGUUUGCGAACAGGUCUUACCUUUGCACCAGAAGCACCACCCGACCUCUCACUACCAUCUCCUAUUGACGCCGGUUGA